CGUGAUCCAAAAUGGGCAGUCCUCUGACGGGGCUGAAAAAAAAAAAAGCCAUUUUCUGGCGCUGCUGCAAAUUCUAUCCAAGUCCAAAUAAUUGAGCUGGAUCCUCGUUGUGGAGGAGAGGGAGACUUUGAUGUCUAAUCAGAUCUGUCCAGAUGGAUAAAAUGCAGCCCAACCGGAUUAAAAUCACAGAUCUGAACCCACACCUUACAUGCCCACUGUGCGCUGGUUACUUAAUUGAUGCUACAACCAUAGUAGAGUGCCUGCACUCCUUUUGUAAAACUUGCAUCGUUGCCUUCCUGGAGACAAAUAAGUUCUGCCCUCGAUGUGACGUUCAGGUUCACAAGACAUGUCCACAGCUCAGCAUCAGAGCAGACAAAACUCUACAAGAUAUAGUUUAUAAGCUUGUUCCUGGGUUAUUUAAAGAUGAGAUGAAACGGAGGCGGGACUUCUACGCAGAGAACCGUGUGCUGGAACCAGGGGAAGUGGUGGAGACGUUUAACAUAGCAGAGGAUGAAAUCAUCAGUCUGUCCAUACAGUUCUACGAGAGGAACAAACAUAAUGAGAGGCAGCAUUCAGAGAUGGAAGGAGACAAGUCCAAUGGUAAACGCUUCCUGCAGUGCCCAGCAGCCAUGUCCGUCAUGCACUUAGCAAAGUUCCUCCGAAGCAAGAUGGAUAUUCCCAACAACUAUCGGGUGGAGGUGUUGUAUGGAGACGAGCCCUUGAAGGACUACUACACACUAAUGGAUAUUGCCUACUUCUAUGAGUGGAGACGAACUGGACCCAUCCCCCUGCAGUAUCUGGUCAAACCCACCCGGAAGCGCAGGAGGCCGUCCCAGUCUGUCGCCCAGGGCCACUCCGACGGCGUCAACACCAGCCCAACAUCGGAGAGCGACUCCCAAAGCGACAAAGUCCACAGUCCCGCCGCAGUCCAGCCGCCGCGAGCCUCCUCGCAGUCCGGCGCCGCGUCCCACAACUUCCCCCCCACCGUCCAAAGCUCCAACGGUACCACUGUGCCCAACAACACUCAGCGACACACUCACGCCUCCAAACAGGGCGCCAACGCUCGGAAGGUGACUGUCAACGGCACAAGCUCUGGGGCUGGCAAAGAGGAGGCGAGGGGAGGCGACAAAAGCGAUUUGCCUCCGACAACCUAACAUGUGUAUGGGGCAGCAGGGAGGACAGUGUUUGAAUUGCUCCCUUGAUUUCUUACUACAAAACAAAAAAUGGAGGAGCUCAAGCCUCCUUCCUCUUGGACAAACAGGAGGCAGAUUACUGUCAGAAGGAAAGACUGAAAAGGGCAGCCAAAAAGACACUUGGAUGUGUGUGUGUGUGUGUGUGUGUGUGUGUGUGUGCGUGCGUGUGUGUGCGUGCGUGCGUGUUUGUUAGACUAGAACAGUGCACACAUACAAACUGUACAGUAUGUAUCAAAUGUGAGCAUGUGUGCAUACAUAUGUAUAAACUUAUCUUUUAUACAA